AUGGCACCCAGAGAGGAACUCGUCACAUCCGCCAUUACCUUCCUACAAGAUCCAUCUGUCGCAGCAGCACCCCUGGAGAAACGUAUUGAAUUCCUGAAGUCCCGGAACCUGACUCAAGAAGAAGUCGAUGUCGCUCUUGCUCGAGCCGCCGCCGCUGCUGGGGGUGACCCAUCUCAAGUAGCUCCUUCAUCCGCUUCUCAAUACUAUCCCCCACCUCAACAGCAAUGGAGAGGUCCUCCUGGCCAAGCAUAUCCUUACCCUUACAAUCCAUAUGGCGAAUGGCAACCUCCUCCACCACCUGAACCUCCUCGUCGUGAUUGGCGAGAUUAUUUCAUCAUGGCCACAGUGGUAGGAGGCGCGAGCUAUGGUCUUUAUGUUCUCGCGCAAAGGUACAUCAAACCUUUGAUAGCACCACCCACGCCGCAGCAGCUGGAACAAGAUAAGGCCGCCAUCGAUGAACAAUUCAAUAAGGCAUUUGCUCUUCUCGACACGCUAUCUACAGACACCACUGCCCUGAAAGAAGCUGAAGAAGCCCGAACACAACGGCUGGAUAAUGCCAUCGGUGACAUUGAAUCCAUAGUUGCCGAUCUCAAGGCCGCGAACAUGAGACGGGAAGACGAUGCACGCCGGAUGGAAUCUGAAAUCAAGAGCAUGAAAGACAGUCUCCCGAGAUCGAUCGACAGCGUCAAAGACGCCAGUGAACGACAACUCAAGGAACUGAGUACGGAACUGGCGAGUUUGAAACUACUUAUGGGCAAUCGUAUUGGUUCUUCAAGCGGUUUCGCCCCAGCCACCCAGCCCAUCACCCGCCAACAAGUAGCCGCCGCCACUGGCGGAAGCGUAAAUCCCACUGCGACAACCACGACAUCUACCGACUCUGCCUCACCUGCUUCACCAGUGGUCCGACAACCUUCAUCGUACGGCAAUGCCCCCCAACUUCCACAUUCCGCUACCACACCCUCUGUUCCCACGGCAUCACCAGCGACAAGACCAGCAUCAGCGGUCCCCUUCGCUGGCUCCGCUAACAAGGCUGCCAUACCUGCAUGGCAGAUGGCGGCACAGAACAAAGCCAAGGAUUUCAGCAGUGGACUGAAUACCAGUGGGGCGAAUGCCGGUGCCAGCAGCAGUGCGCCGCAGCAACAAGAUGGUGCAGAUGCUGUUGCGGCGCUGAACGCAAGUUAA